GUGCAUGUAACCCGAACCCAUGUCGACACUGGGGUAGUUGUAGUGGUCGUUUCAAGGACAAGUUCAGAUGUUCUUGUUCUCCCGGAUAUACUGGAGCCAGAUGUGAGACGGAAUUGGACGAGUGCAUGUCAAACCCUUGUAAGAAUGGCGCGGUUUGUGUUGAUGAUGUCAACGACUACUACUGCCUGUGUAGUCCAGGCUACACUGGAAAGAAUUGUGGGAGAGUUUUAUCAAUGAGUUCCUGUCGAUUUUUCCCAUGUAAGAACGGAGGGCAGUGUUAUGACAUUGAUGAUUCGUACAUGUGCUCAUGUAACACUGGCUUUACAGGAUAUGAUUGUGAAAUAGAUAUUGACGAGUGUGAUUCUAACAAUUGUAAGAAUGGAGCCACGUGCGUUGAUGGUGUCAACACUUACACGUGUGUUUGCCCGACAGGAUAUACUGGAAUUUACUGCGAGAAAGAAACCGAUGAGUGCAGUCCAAACCAGUGUAUGAAUGGAGCGACUUGUGUUGACGGUUUGAAUUCCUACACAUGCUUGUGUAGACAAGGAUACACUGGAACCAAUUGCGGAAUAGUUCUACCAACAAGUUCCUGUCAGUCAGGCCCUUGCCAAAACGAAGGGAUGUGUUAUGACGUUGGUAACUUCUACACGUGUUUAUGUAACCCAGGUUUUGGUGGAUAUAAUUGUGAGCUAGAUGUCAAUGAGUGUGAUUCUAACAAUUGUCAGAACGGGGCCGCGUGUGUUGAUGGUAUCAACUCGUACACGUGCGUCUGCGUAACUGGAUAUACUGGUACUUUUUGUGAGACAGUUAUCGCCCAAAAUGUCUGUAGUCAAAGCCCAUGUCAGAAUGGUGGACAAUGCUAUGAUAUUGGUAAUUUCCAGUAUGUGUGUACAUGUCAGCCAGGUUUUACAGGAACAAAUUGUGAAAUAGAAAUCAACGAGUGUAUUCCAAACCAAUGUCAGAAUGGAGCGACUUGUGUUGACAGCGUAAAUUUCUAUAGUUGCAUUUGUAGUGCCGGCUUUAUUGGGACCAACUGUGCAACAGUCAUACCUCAAACUUCCUGCCAACAAGUACUUUGUCAAAAUGGUGGAUACUGUCAAUAUAUUGGUAAUGCUUUCCAAUGUGUGUGUGUACCAGGAUACACCGGAACGUUCUGUGAAACAGAAAUAGAUGAGUGCAGUCCGAACCCGUGUCAACAUGGAGCAAUAUGUAUUGAUGGGAUUAAUUCCUACGCAUGCGCAUGCAGUAACGGAUACACUGGAACUUCCUGUGGAACAGUGUUGUCACAAAGUGCAUGCAGUCAGAACAUCUGUGAGAAUGGAAAUUGUUACAAUAUUGACUUGUCAUUUUACUGUGCAUGUAGGCCAGGGUAUACAGGCUCCGUUUGUGAAACAGAAAUUGAUGAUUGUAGUCCAAACCCCUGUCAAAAUAGUGGAAUAUGCACAGAUCGUGGUUACACAUAUACCUGCUCGUGCCUGUAUGGAUACGCUGGACGAAAUUGUCAGAUCUUGACAGGAGCUUCAGCGUGCCAGCAGAAUCCUUGUGUGAACGGUGCUUGUUUCAAUUAUGGCAAUUCAUAUAUCUGUGUAUGUCCGGGAUAUACUGGCAUAAACUGUGAUACUGAAAUAGAUGAAUGCAGCCCAAAUCCCUGUCAGAACAGCGGCACGUGUAAUGAUGGUGUUAAUACUUACACUUGCACGUGCAGCCCUGGAUAUACUGGGACAAAUUGUGAACUAGGCACUGACGAAUGUAGUCCAAACCCGUGUCAGAACGGUGCAACUUGCCACGAUGGACAUCUUUCCUACACGUGCACGUGUCUGCUGGGAUAUACCGGGACAAUGUGUGAAACAAACAUAGACGAUUGCAGUCCAAACCAAUGUCAGAAUGGGGCAACGUGUAUUGAUGGGGUUAAUUCUUACACAUGUUCAUGUGUACCUGGAUACACCGGAACUUUAUGUGAAAUAGAUAUAGAUUCCUGUAGCCAGAACCCAUGUCACAAUGGAGCAACGUGUAUUGACGGAGUAAAUACAUACACAUGUGACUGUGUCAUUGGAUAUACAGGGGAUCAUUGUGACAUAAAUAUUGAUGACUGUGCGAGCAACAUGUGUCAAAAUGGAGCAACAUGCAAUGACGGUUUAAAUUCCUACACUUGCACGUGCAGUCCAGGAUAUACGGGAACUUAUUGUGACACUGAUAUUGACGAUUGCAAUCCCGACCCAUGUCAGAACGGUGCAACAUGUGUGGACGAUGUUGACUCCUAUUCCUGCACGUGUCUCGCUGGAUAUACAGGGACAAUUUGUGAGACAGACAUAAAUGAAUGCUCUCCUAACCCAUGCCAGAACGGGGCAGGAUGCACUGACGACGUUGACUCCUACAUCUGCGAAUGCCUGGCCGGAUACACUGGGGUCAAUUGCGAAACAGACAUAAAUUACUGCAGCCCUGAUCCAUGUUUGAAUGGUGCAACAUGUACCGAUGGCCUCGUCUCUCACACCUGCACGUGCGCUGCCGGAUAUACGGGGACCAAUUGUGAGACAGAAAUAGAUGACUGUAAUCCUGACCCAUGUCUGAACGGGGCAACAUGUACUGAUAAUGGAAGCACCUACACCUGUACCUGUAUUGCUGGAUACACCGGAACAAAUUGCGCAACAAACAUAGAUGACUGUGAUCCUGAUCCAUGUCUGAAUGGGGCAACAUGUACGGAUGAUGUUGACACUUACAGUUGCACCUGUGCUGAUGGUUAUACGGGGACUAAAUGUGACACAGACAUUGACAACUGUAGUCCUAAUCCAUGUCUAAACUUAGGAACAUGUUCUGAUGAUGUCAACACUUACAGCUGUACCUGUGCUAAUGGAUAUACUGGAACCAAUUGCGAGAUUGACAUUGACAACUGUAGUCCUAAUCCAUGUCUUAACUUAGGAACAUGUUCUGAUGGUGUUGACACUUACAGCUGCGCAUGUGUCACGGGAUAUACCGGAACCAAUUGCCAGAUUGACAUAGAUUACUGCGAUCUUGAUCCAUGCCAGAACGGGGCAACAUGUAGUGACGGCAUUGACUCCUAUACGUGCAUGUGUGCCUCUGGAUAUACAGGGUGUAACUGUGAGACAGUAAAUGUUGCAGAUACAGAUGAUUGCGAUCCUAACCCGUGUCUGAAUGGAGGAACGUGUACUGAUACUGGAACUUCAUACACGUGUGCUUGUGUUGCCGGAUACACCGGAACUGAUUGCGGAACAAACAUAGAUAACUGCAGUCCUAACCCAUGUAUGAACGGGGCAACAUGUACCGAUGGUGUUGACUCAUACACCUGCAUGUGUGCUGCUGGUUAUACGGGGACUACUUGCAGCACAGACAUAGAUGAUUGCAAUCCUGACCCAUGUCAGAACGGGGCAUGUACUGACGAUGUUAACUCCUACUUAUGCACAUGUGACGCUGGAUAUACAGGGACUAAUUGUGACACAGACAUAGAUGAUUGCAAUCCCGACCCAUGUCUGAACGGGGCAACAUGUGUUGACGGUGUUGACUCCUACACAUGUGUGUGUGUCGCCGGAUAUACAGGGACUAAAUGUGGGACAGAUAUUGAUGACUGUGCAACAGACCCAUGUCAGAAUGGGGCAGAUUGUUUGGAUGGGGUUGGUAUCUAUGUAUGUUUGUGUGCUGAUGGAUAUACAGGGGACGAUUGUGACACAGUUAUACCGGACUGCGAGCCAAAGUAUUACGAAAUAAAUCCGGCCCACAGUGCUUGUUUGCCGAAAAUUAGCGACGAUAUAGGAAUAGCUGUUUCGGAGGAUGAUAAAACGUUAAUAUUAAAUAUACAUAACGAGGCUAGACGGAAUGUAGACCCUCCCGCAAAGAAUAUGGCAAUUUUGACUUGGGAUGACUCUUUAGCUAACAUAGCACAAAGAUGGGCAGAUUCGUGCCCAGACUACCAUGAUUCUCCUCUUAACAGAGAAGAUCACGGUCGAUAUUCUGCUGGGCAGAACAUGGCGUUUAACACAGACGACUGGACAGUAUCUUUGCAAAUGAUGAUUGACGAGAAACAAUAUUACGAUUACACAACCAAUAGCGCCAUUCCAGCUGGCGAAGUGAUCGGACAUUAUACACAGAUUGUGUGGGCUGAAACGCAUAAAAUAGGGUGUGGUUAUGCCGUCUGUGGUACAGAUAAAAUAUAUGUUUGUAACUAUGGACCAGCUGGUAAUUAUGCCGGAGUUUUACCCUACGAAAGCGGUACUACAUGCAGCAGUUGUCCUUCAGCAUGUAACAACAACCUUUGUGAUUGCGGAGGAAUUGAUUGUUACAAUGGAGGAAAUGUUAACUGGGAUACAUGUUCUUGUGAUUGCCAAUCAAUUAACAGCCAUGUGCAACCUAAUUGUGCAAUUGAUUGUUAUGCCUCACCUGUAGUAGAUGACGGUUAUUGCUCCUCUGUCACAGGAAUUUGCGAUAUUUAUCCCGCUUAUUACUGUCCUGAAAUGUGCGGAUGGUGUCCAGUGCUGGGAUAA